AUGAGACGUCGGAUGCAGCAGUGCUCGAUUGAGCUUGACUGAAACUGUGAUAUGCAGAGAAGGGAUACACAGUGAUUCUGCGCAUGUCACAGUUUCAGUCACGAUCAAUCGAGCACUGAACGGCUGCAUCCGACGUCUCAUGCAGUUCUGCGAGGAAUGGUGAUCAGUGAUCGUCUACUGCUGCCUAGACAUGUGCAGAAGUGUCAGCUCGGAAGUACCGGUAUGGUACUGCUGCAUCCGACCUUUAUAGCCCAAACCCUAUAUUUUAAACAGGAAAAGUAGGGGGGUCGUCUUAUACGCC